AUAAACUACAAAUUUAUUUUUCUAAUUCUCGUUUCGGGUUUUUAAUCAAUGGCGAGAAUUAAUGCCUACCUUUUUGCAUUUAUUUUGCUUUUGACUAUUAAACAAGAGUUUGGUUCCGUUGAAGGCCGAACACUCACCAAGUCCACCGUGACCACGGCUAAGGAAAUCGGCGCUGAUAGCUCUUUGCCGAUGUUACCACCGGCUGAGCCACUUCAGCCGCCACCGAGCCAUGGGGUUGAUACCUUUAGGCCCACGGUACCUGGACAUAGCCCUGGUAUUGGACAUUCCUUACACAAUUAACGGAGAUGGACAAUGGCAUGGUUUAUGUGAUUAUAAAUCAAUGUUUUUUUAAAAUAAAAAUGGUACCUGAUUAACCAUAAGCUCGUGCUUAUGUUGUUGUUGGUAUUGUUUUUUUUUUUCUGAAUAUGGCUUCUUAUUUAAUCUAUAAUACUGUUUCGUCAUAUUCAGUUUCUUGCAAGUGUGAUUCCGUGAUUGUAAUAAUGCUUAGUUAAAUAAACCGUG